AUGGUCGGGCUCUCUGCCAGCCCCGUGGCUGCAGCACAGACGGUGGUGACACCUCAGGGCUCCGGGGAUGCCGACGGAGGGCACGGGCAGCGCUGGAGCCCGAGCCGGAGCCUCCUGCUGUGCCUCUCCACCGAUGACCUCUGCGAUGCCACCAGCAUCGAGCCCGUCCCUGAGCCCCAGCCGGCUGGGACAGGGCUGCCGGCCCCUGGCACCGCUGGCUUGGCACCCACCGGGGAGCCCUGGGGCACUGAGACCCCCUCUGCACCCCAGCGGCACGACAGGUCCCGGGUGUCCAAGAAAGCGGCACCCACGGUGCUGCCGCCCAAGCCCGGCCGGCAGUCGCGGUCCCUGAGCCCCCGGCGGCGGCACACGGGCGGCAAGGAGGCGAGGGAUCCCUCAGGAACGGGCACCGGCACGGCCGAUGGCACCCAGUACGGCCGAGGGCGGCUCAACCACCCCUUGCCCGACCUCUCCAAGGUGGAGGCGCGGGUGAAGUUCGACCAGAGCUACCGGCCGCCGCGGGGCCGAGGCCUGCCCACCCGCUCCAGGGCCCCGGGCGGCCCCAUCGGCUUCAAGUCCCCGGCCGAAAUCGUCCGGGAGGUGCUGCUGAGCAGCGGGGAGGGGGUCCCCCCGCAGCCCCCCGCCACCACCGGGCUGCCGCAGGAGUUCAGGUCCCCCAGGCAAGCCACCGAGCUGGUGCAGCAGCUCCAGGACGACUACCACAAGCUGCUGACGAAGUACGCCGAGGCCGAGAACACCAUCGACCAGCUGCGCCUGGGUGCCAGGGUGAGCCUGUACGCCGACCCGCCGCAGCCCAGCCGCAGCCUCGCCGUGGGCACCAUGGGCACCGGCUGCCGCGUGAUGGCCCUCAGCAUCCCGCAGGCCAGGACAGCGGCUUUCAGCACAGCCCCGGCCCUGGCCCCGCCGUCCUCGCCGGGUGGAGCUCCAGCCCUGGGACCAUCAGACCGGGGGGGAUCACCCCGGCCUCCUUCCCCCCCUCUACCCAGGGGGGGCUGCCCUACCUGCCCGGGGCCGGGGGGCUGCCCUACCUGCCUGGGGCCGUGCCGCUGCCCGGGCACCCAGCUGACACGGACGCUGGCGGGACAGACGCACAAGCUGCAGGCGCAGGUGGAGUCCUUCGAAGGCUGGAUCCGGGCGGGGAGCCCCGUACCCCGGGAGCAGCUCCAGAGGUUUAGGAAGCUGAAGGAUGCGCAGGAUGCGCUGGAGCGGGCGUACCUGCGAGCCCGGCAGCAGCACCCAGGGGCCUCGGGGGAGUUUGAUCCCGACCGGGCGGUGGAAGGGGAGAUUUUCCGCCUGGGGCUGCGCCUGGAGGAGCUGAAGGAGCGGCUGGAGCCCGGGAGCCCCGUGCUGAUGGAGGGUCCCCGGGGGACAGCGGGGGAGAGCGAGGCGGUGACGGGGGGGUUGUCCCGGCCCCUCUGGCAGAAGCAGCUCCGAGCGGAGGAGGAUUUCGGUGACCUGCUGGAGCAGUACAAGCACUUCAAGUCCUUGCCGGAGUCGCUGAGCCUGGAGCAGCUGAGUCUGGCAGAGAGCGGGUCCCAAGAGGAGGCAGAUGGACCUGCAGCAGGGGACGGUGGCCCCAGCAAGGUCCCCUGCAGGACACGGUCACUAGAGGAGGGCGCUGACCUUGAGACCUCCCCGUUGCACCCCCCGGAGAAGAGAGCCACGCUGCUGCCCCCUGGGGAGCCCCCAUGGCCAGGGGGGACACAGGGCCGCCUGUCCCCUGCCACUGCUGAGGAGCCGCUGGCCACAGCCAAGCCCCCCCUGGGGCUCCCUGAGCCACCGCGGGCACCCCUGUCCCUCCGCAGCAGCAGGGUGGGCAGCGCUGCCACCCAGCACUGGCCCCCACCAAUCCUGCUCUUCCCGAUGCAUCUGCAGGAGCAGCGCAUUGUGUCACCGGAGACAGACAGCGGCUUUGUGGGCUCGGAGGCCAGCAGGGUGUCACCCCCCGUGCACACCCCCGAGCACCGGCCCCCCGGCACCGGGACCCCCAGCUCGCUGGGACCCUCCAUCCCCGUCCCUGCGACCCUCCGUCCUCCGCGGAAGAGAGAGACGACCCCGCUUCCCUCCGAGACACUCACACGACUCGGAGGCGGAAGGCAGGAGUUGUGCCAGCACCGACGGCUGCCCCCCCACCACGGCCAGGGGCCCGGCCAGCCCCCCGCCGUCCCCGAAACACCGUCCCCCACCCCGCUGUCCCCCGACCUGCCGUCCGUCGACCCGGCUCGCUGUGACCUGCUGGGCUCCCGUCUGGAGCGCGACCAGGCCAUCCGAGCGCUGCGGGACGAGGUGUGCCGGCUGCGGCGGAGGCUGGAGGAGAGCCUGCGCCGCUCCCGCAGCUAUCCCGAGGGAAAAGCCGCCCCGCGUGCCGCCCCGGCCAGGAGGCAGCCGGUGGCCAGCGGACCAUCGUCCCCCAAGGACGCAGCACCCUCGGGGGAGCCGAGCCCCCCGGUGCGGGGCAGGGUGGCCCCCGGGGUCACACCCACGAGGAGGGGGAGGUCGGCGUCGCUGCCGCGGGACAGACCGGAGCUGGACCUCACCUCCGAGUCGGACCCCUUGCCCACCAGGCCCCGGGCCGCCCCCUCCCUGCGGAAGAGCCCUGGGAGCCCCCCGGGUGCGGUGACGUUUCGGGGACAGUACACAGGGACACGGUACCAGGCGGGGAUGCCGCGCACCGCCCCGGCACCCCGAGAAGAGCCGGGCACCCCAGGGUGCCCCCGGUGCCGCGGGAGCAGGACGCCGUCGGCUGGCUUCUGGGCAAGCGAUGCUGUGAGGCAACCCCAGCACAGCACCCCGAGGCGGACGCGCUGCCCCACGUGCCAGGCACCCAUGGGUCCCCCCGCACCCAGCGGCAGGGAUGGAGCCACACACGCAGAGUGUGGCCCCGGUGUCAUGUCCCCCCCAGGCUCCCGCGUUGGUCCCCGAGCCGAGAAGCCGGAGCAGCCUGGAUCUUGGUACUUGGCGGCCAGCCCUGGUGCCACCGCUGCCAUCGGCUGCCUUGCGCCCGUCCCCCUCGUGCCUUACGCGCCCUCCGUGCUCUACUGCUCCCCAGCGGUACCUACCUCAGCCCCAGCCAUGGCCGGGGUCCCCCUCCAGCACGCCGCGGGACACCGGUGGGCAGAGCAUCCCCCCCGGCCGCACGCUGCUGGCCACCACCGCUGCCUGACCCUGGACCUGGAUGAGUUGGAGGACCUGAACCGGUCGCUGAGCCGGGCUGUGGAGGCUGCCCAGAGUGUGAGGCUCACCACCACCCGCAUGAGCCGGGCGCUGACCGCCGAGCUGAGCCGAGCACGGGACCUGAGGGGCUCCUGCCUCUUCUGAGGGUCCUGCCGGCACCUGCCAAACCCUCCCUGCCCUCGCAGGGGCAGAAGGAGGAGGAUGGUCCCCCCAUCAGCAUCCCCACAGUGGACGCUCCCUGCCAUAUCUGGGGGCACAAGGGCUGGAGGCAUCUCCACGGGAUCCUGCAUCGGCUCCCAUCCCCAUCCCGCUUGCCCUAGAGCUCCUGCACCGCUUGUCCAUCUGUCUGUCCAUUUUCAGCACCACCUAAGCUGCAGGAGGAGGGCAAGACGUGGGCAGAGGUCUCCUGAGACCUGCACCAUCCUGCAGCACCCCGGGGUGCGAGCAUAGCCCUGGCAGGAGGGUACCGUCUCCUGGGACCAACGGGGUGGCCCCGUGUCUCCCAAGGCAGAUGCCACCCCGAGCUGAGCACUUCUGGGGAUGCUCUGACUUUGUGUAGGUCCUGCUGCAACACAGGUCGAGCCCCCGUUGGCAGAUGUGUUUACCUCCGUGCCUGCGUGGGCAGAAAUACCUGCGGUUCCCUAUUCAACCCCUUCCCCAGCCUUCAGGCAUCCUCCGGGGGCUCGGUGCCCGGGGCUCGGCCCAUGUGCCCCCCUCCACCCUCUGCUCUGCCCUCGGACUUGAACCAAGCCGGGUCCUCCCUGGGAAAGCUCUCCUUUUUGUGGUUUUAUGUGAAUUUUUUUUCUCCAAGGUAGCUAGUAAGCAGCUAAAUCACUCUUUUAGGGUUGAUCGAUGAUACAUAACGUGUGUGUGCGUAUGUAUAUAUAUGUAUCUAUAUAUAGAUACAUAUGUAUGUUCUGGUUUUAAUUUCCAGCAUAAUCCUUAGGGCAUUUGUGGGGGUUUUUGGCCAUCCCUGGAUGUGGUCGCCCAAGGUGUCAUCCAGGCAGAAAAAAAAGAAGGAUUUGGGGUUUUCCUUGGGAUUCCCAAGGGAUCUGGGCUGGUAGAGGAAAAAUCACCCUGUGAGACCAAGGCAGGGGCAGGAUCUGGCCCCGAGGGGGUCUGCAGAGCCCCUGUACCUCCAGGCUGGUUUUGUAAUGAGUUAAUGCCUAUUUUUUAGCAAAAUGGAUGUGGUUGGAGCAGCCCUCAGAGAGGGCACAGCGCCUUGGAGGUGGGUGCUCCGCACCCCACAAACCCCGGGGGGACCCUCCAGCUGCACCCGCCAGCACCCACAUGGAACGUGAACCCCGUGCCCCCGGGAUGGGUCCGGCCAAACCCCCCCCGGCUCCAUCCCUGAGCAUCUCAGCCUGCAGUGCUGUGUUUAUGUGUAGGACCUACCGAAAGUGCCCGUGUCAAAUUUAUUUAUUUUUGAAUUUUCUUUUGUUGUACAAAGACCCACGUUUGGGCAGGGGGGAUCACUAACACCCCCAGCGAGUUACUCAGGUCUAGAGCCCCCCCUCCAAGCGCUUGCAAAGCCACUGAGCCCGGAUCCUGCAACCAGCCCGGGGCGGGCCGGAGAGGGGCUGGGA